AUACUGAGAGAAUAAAAAGGUCUUCGGCUGGCGAUGAAAGGAGUACAGUGUAGGCACCAGGCGGACCUCUCUGGGGAGCUCAUUCCACAACCGGGGUGCCACAGCGGAGAAAGCCAUUAAUUGUCUUAAUACUCUUGUCUGUUCUAAGCCAAGGGAGAAUGGAGUUCUUACCAUUACAAAUGGAGUUCUUACCAUUGUCACCCUCAAUUCUGGUUUCCAUUUUCCUUGCCCAUCUUCUUCCACAAGCAAUAAAUAUGUACCAGCUGAAGUUUCCAGUCUGGAAAUUUCAGCUGGUAUAAAACAGGGCAGCACAUUUACUAACAGGGACUGACCAAUGAGACCACAUCACGCCAGUCCUUUUCCAGCUUCAUUGGCUGCCAGUCCAGGUCCGGGCCCGAUUCAAAGUGCUGGUAUUAACAUCCAAAGCCCUAAACGGCGUGGGGCCAGGCUAUCUGAAGGAACGCCUCCUCCCAUAUGUAUCUGCCCAGACUCUAAGGUCAUCCUCAGGGGUCCUUCUCUGAGAGCCCCUGCCAAAGGAAGUGAGGCAGGUGGGUACCAGGAGGAGGGGCCUUCUCUGCUGUGGCACCCCGGCUGUGGAAUGAGCUCCCUAGAGAGGUUUGCCUGGCGUAUGUGUCAGAGUCUUGGUGUGUGAGAGUUCAGGUCAGCAGCAUCUGGAACAGGAGCUUAGUAAGGGUUGUCAAGUCCGAGUCCAAGAUAACAAACUGGAUCAGAAGCCAGGAAGAGUGGUCAGCCGGUCCGGGGUCACAGGGAGGCAGGAGCAGGACAGAGAAGCGAUGUCAGUUCAGUCCGAAGUCGAAGGCGGGAGUGAAACAGAGAAGUGAUGUAAAUCAGGCCAAAGUCGAGAGCUGGAUCCAAACGGAGGAAGCAAGGUCCAGUGAAGCAAAGUCGGAACAUGGAACAGGCUGGCUGCUAGGAAUUAUCCCGGGUGUCUGCCAGGAAGCGCAAGGCAUCCCGCUUCCUCCUUUUCUAAUCCAGGCAGAUGACCUCCGCCCUCUCCCCCAGCUGUGCCUCAUCACAUCAGCCUGCUAUUUAAGCAUCGCAUUCCUCUCCUGCCGAUUGUGCACGCGCACACGCCUUCUGACUGACUGCAACUGUACCGCUCGCUUGUGCCGUCGGCAUUCCCGAGGACUGGGCGGCUCUACCUCCACCUCCCUAGGAACUUCAGGUAAGGCCAGGUCCUGGUCAACCUGUGCCUCUGGCACCUCCUCUGUUCUGGGAUCUUCUUCCCUCUGCAAGCCCAUCUCUGGCUCGACUGUGGGAGCAGACACUCCCUCUCCUGCAGGAGUGUUUUCCUCCUCAUCCUCAUCCGAGGAGGCCUCCCCAAGUACAUUCCUAACACUACUCAGGAAGGCUGCUGUGACAUCCUGGCCAAAAUUUCUAUGCAAAGAGGCCCAAUUUUACUUUUUUAACAGAUUCCAAAUGACGAUCCACCUAUGCAAGUCCAAAUGUGAGCAACAGAUCCAGAUUUGCUGGAGUAGGUAGGACAAAGGGAAUGUUGUUCCAAAGAGAGCAGCUCAGACUGAGCAGGCGCGGUGAGAGCCGAGCCCGGAGCACGUGCUGACUACCUCGCGGCGAUUUGGGCGAUUCAGAAAGUUUCAAGAAUAUCAACGCUAUCACCUUCUCGCAGUUAGAUUGGCCACGAACCUCCAUCGGUGUGCAUAGUGACUGCUUGGAGUCAUGGCGGCUGCUGAAAGCCCCAGGAAGAGGCUUCGAGAGGAAGCGACUUGCUCCGUUUGCCUGGACUUUUUCACGGAUCCGGUGAUGCUGGACUGUGGGCACAACUUUUGCCAGGCCUGCAUCGAGAAGUGCUGGGGUGACGAUGCGCCCACAGAUGCGUCCAAAGACGUCACCUGUCCUAAGUGUCGAGAGAGAGUUCAGCAGAGGAGCCUGAAACGAAACAAGCAGCUUGCUAAUGUGACUGAGAUUGCCAAAGAGCUGAGCGUGCUGGUGAAGGCGGAAGGAGGAGGGUGGAAGGUCUGCGAGUGGCACCAGGAGCCCUUGAAGCUCUUUUGCAUAGAAGACGAGGCCCCCAUCUGCGUGGUGUGCGACAGGUCGAAAGAGCACCGAGCUCACAACGUGGUUCCCCUGCAGGAGGCUGCCCAGGAGUACGAGGAUCGGAUCUGUAGCUGCCUGGAGACACUGAAGAUGGAGAGAGAGAAAAUUCUGGCAUAUAAAGCAGAUGCGGAAACCGAAAGCCGAGACCUGCUUAAGCAAAUGGAAGCUGAGAAGGAAAAGCUAGUGGUUCUGUUCCAACAACUACGCCAGUUUCUGGAAGAGCAAGAGAAACUUCUGCUGGCUCAGAUGGACGAGGUGGAGAAGGAGAUCGUGAUGAAACGGGAUGAACACUUGGCCAAAAUUUCAGAGGAUCUAUCGUCUCUGGAAAGAAAAAUGCAGGAAAUGGAGGAGAAGUGUCAACAGUCAUCGAGUGAAAUCCUGCAGGGUAUAAGAAGCACCUUUAAGAGGUAUGAGAAGAAUACAUUUGAGAAAUCUGUGGCUUUCCCCAAUGCACUGAAGUGGAGGAUUUGGGACUUCUCUGAUAUAAAUCCCUUUCUGGAGGGUUGCAUGAAGCAGUUCAAAGAUGCCCUGAUAUCUGGACUUCAGCUGAAGAAAGCAAACGUAUCUCUUGAUCCAGACACAGCAAAUUACAUGCUCAUCCUGUUUGAGGAUCAUAAAAGUGUGAGAGAAGUAGAGACAGAUGAAGAAGGUGAAGACGACCUGCCCGACAACCCUGAGAGAUUUGAUGAGUGCAGCUUUUUGUUGGGGCGUGAGGGAUUCACGGCUGGCAGGCAUUUCUGGGAAGUCGCUGUGAAGAAUGAGGGGCAAUGGUCUGUGGGAGUGGCCAGAAAGUCUAUGAGGAGGAAGGGCCAGCUCACCUAUGACACCGAGGAAGGGAUCUGGGAUCUGGGGGAGUGGGAUGGUGAGUGCAGGCAUUCCCAAAGCGAUGAUCCAUUGUCAGUGAGUGGAGAGCUCAAGAGGAUCCGUGUGAGUCUGAACCACGAUGGGGGUCGGGUGGCCUUUUACAAUGCUGAUACUGCGGCCCUGAUUUUUGUGUACACAGCAGCCCCAUUCUCCGGGGAGACCCUCCUCCCCUUCUUUUCGCUGUCAGGAACAGUUGUCUUGACCAUCGCUCCUUAAGGUGGUCAAAGAUGGGGACGGAUGCACACAAACCCACAGCCGUUCCGACACGUUUUGCCUCCUCCCCUGGGGACUGGGCGCCGGCCCUUGUGCCUAUCAGGAGUCUUACCUCCUCCCGCUGAGCCAAUUUCAAAAUAAAUUUAAAAAGGCAAGAAAUCUUACAAGAAAUCAAUAAAGCACCUGAUAAAACCUCCGUCGCCACCCCUGUUCCUGUGUGUGUCAAUCUCUCCAUCCUUCACUAAGGUGUACCUCACAAACCUUUCUGCAUGCACUCACCAGACCUGGAUGUUUAAUAAAACAAAUUGCAGUGUACUGACAGCUUUGCAAGAGCUGACACAGGCUUCACGUCCCUCACCAAAUUUAACGAAAAGGGAGCUGGCCUUUGUUCCUCCCUCUUGCAAAUUUUCCUCUUUCCUUUGUAGCUUUAUUAGAGGCAGUAACCCGUUGUCUUAAUACCCUUAUCUGUUCUAAGUAAAGGAAGAACUCAAAAUAGAAGCUGGUGGUUCUGACAUUAGUGGGUCUGGGAAUCUUCCCUGGGUUUCAGUCGGAACGCUAAUAAAAGAGCUCUCCAUGGUGCUGACUAUUUUGGGCAUUGGGUUCAGCACUUUGGAUACCCCCCUUAGAGUUCCGACUAGUUCUCAUUGAAUCCACCCAACAAUUCUGGUUUCCCUUGGCCUGUCUUCCUACCCACACUUCCACAAGCCAUAAUUAUUCUAAAAAGCCAAACAAACCCGCCAAAAACAUCCAGCAUUCAUUGUUGCGGCUCGGGGAGGCUGCAGUGACGUUCUGGGCAAAAUCUCUAUGCAAAGAGGCCCAAUUUACUUUUUUAAGAUUCCAAAUGAGGAACCUCCUAUGCAAGAAGUCCCAAUAGGAGCAACGGAUCCUGAUUUGGGGAAGCAGGCUGAGCAAAGGGAACAUGGUUCUAAAACGCAAGGUGGCUGGUGCUCCCGUUUUACAGGGAUGCAGAUCCAGUGCUUAAUAGUUGAACUGAAUCUGUAUUUACUUUUUUUGGGUGGGGUAUGAUGUAUAUGUUUGUUUCAGUGAGGCCUAUAAUGUUCUUGUAUUAAAGAUUUCCCUGCACACUUCAAAAA